AUGGCCGAAUACAAGUACGACGAGGAGGGAGGGCAGUUCCUGACCUUCGUCCUCACCUUCCUUCUCCUCGUCCUCGUGCCUCUCACAUACUCGGUCCUCUCACCAUCCCGCUCCAGCUCGUCCAAGAAAGGCUCAUGGGAUGCACGCGGACAGAAGAUCGACCUCAUCCGUUCCGCCAAGAAGCGAUCGUUGCUCAACCCACAGAUCAGCUCCAGGGCUGUCUUCGUUCUCGCAGGAUGGGGCAUCGUAGCCUACCUCUUCCAGACCAUCCUCAACACCGCCGCCAACUCUUCGCAUGCUGUCUACGACCCUUUCCAGAUUCUUGGUAUCACCGCCUCGGCCACCGAGAAGGAAAUCAAGAAGCACUACAAGCGUCUCUCGGUCAAGUUCCACCCAGACAAGCUCGUCCUCGGCGAUAACCAGACCAAGGAGGAGGCUGAAGGUCACUACAUCGAGCUGACCAAGGCGUACAAGUCGCUCACCGAUGACACGAUCAGGAAGAACUUCGAGCUUUACGGUCACCCCGAUGGAAAGCAAGAGAUGUCGAUGGGCAUUGCGCUGCCUCGCUGGGUCAUCGAGGGUCAGAACAACAUAUACGUGCUAGGCAUGUAUGCUGUCGUUCUCGGUGUCGGUCUUCCCUUCCUCGUCGCUCGAUGGUGGUACGGCUCGCGCUCCAAGACCAAGGACGGCAUCGUCAACACCACUGCCCAAACCUACUUUCAGCAUCUGCGCGACGACACCAACGCCUCUCGCAUCUUUGCCCUCCUCGCCAUCUCCGAGGAAUUCAACGACCCAAGCUUGGACAAGCUCGGACCCAAGCACAAGGACGAAGCUGCGCUGGCCAAGCUCGAGGCGCAGAUCCGGGAGAGGCUCGCCGAGUACGGACCCGAAUGGCACCUCAUCACGUCGUUCAAGAACGCGUCGAUCCGCAAGGCGCUCCUCAUGCUCUACGCACAUACUUUGCGCAUCGACACUGGCAACAAACGGCUCGAGCAGGAUAAGCUUCAGUACGCCGCCAAGGCCGUUCCGCUCAUCAGCGGGUUGAUGUCCAUCAGUCUCGCGCACAACUGGCUCGAGACGACGCUGCUACUGAUGCAAUUCACCCAGUGCAUGGUCCAAGCUGUUCCGUUGCAGGAUUUGGCCGCCGCCGAAUUGUUGCAGCUGCCCGGGAUGACGCCGGACCUGAUCAAGAAGCUGCAGGCCUCGAACAGUUUGGCCAAGCUCGGGGUGCAGGGGUUCUGGAAGAUCCCGGAUGCGGAGCGCAAGAGCGUGCUGACGGGUGCGGGUGUGGGCGCCAAGGAGUAUGACCAGAUGGUGAGCGUCACGAGCACCUGGCCGCGACUGGAGCUCGUCGAUGCCUUCUUCAAGGUUUCCGGCGAGAGGCUGGUGACGACGGGAGCAAUUGUUCAGUUCAUCGUCAAGCUCCGACUGUUGCCGCCGAAGAAGGAUGGCAGUCUGCUGCGCGAUGGUCGACGUCUGGACGCUCGACGCAUGGACGAAGAGUCCUCGGUUCGACCGGACGAAGAUGACGCCAAAGACACGAGCACGACCGAGAAGGAGGAGGGCAAACAGACCAUCGGCUUUGCCCGCGCGCCUUACUUCUGGGACGAACGCAAGCCGUCCUGGUGGGUCAUGAUCGGCGAUCAGAAGUUGGACAGGGUGAUUGUGCAACCGACCAAAGUGUCGGAUAUCGGCACAGACAAGGUGCGGACCUACUCGGUCCAGUUCCAAGCCCCACCCCAGGCAGGACUGUAUACGUUCCAGGCGAUUCUCAAGUCGGAUAGCUUCCUCGGAUCGGACGCGAGCAGGAUGGUCAAGUUGAAGGUGGAGGAUGCGAGCGUGCUGGAGGAUGAAGGGGAGGAUGAGAUUAGUGAGCCGGAGGAGGAUAGUUUGGCGGGACAGAUGGCGCUGAUGAAGGGACAGAAGGUGAAGCCUGCUAGGGCGGAGGAGGAUGAUGAGGAGAGUGGUACCGAGGAAGAGGUGGAUGAUGCGGACAGCGAUGAUAGCGAUAGUGAUAGCGACAGCGAUUAG